AUGAAGCACUCCUCAGCAAGGAAUGUUAUUGAGCGCGUGUUCGGUGUUCUCAAGGGUCGUUGGGUCAUUCUUCGUGGGAAGUCGUAUUAUCCCCUACAAGUCCAGUGUUGCACCGUACUAGCAUGUGCCUUGCUUCACAAUUUGAUCAACAGGAAAAUGACAUAUUGCGAGGACGUUGACGAUGAGGAUGAGAGGGACUCCACGUACACGACGACCACCGUUUCAAAAGACAUUCAGUACAUUGAAACAACAAACGAGUGGUCUCAGUGGCGCGACGAUCUAGCCGAAUCGAUGUUCACCGAUUGGCAGUUGCGUAAAGCUUAG